AUGCGGUCCCACGACGACGAGCGGUGUGUCUUCCGCUGCCGCCUCGGUUGUCUCAACACCUGGUUCUCCAACGCCUCGACAUGGGCUGACCACAACAAGCGCAUCCAUGGCUCAAGCUUUGCAGCAGCGGUAACUGAGGCCGAGAUAGACCCGACAAGUUCCUCGGCCAUGGUUAAAGUGGACGGCACAUUCGUGGAGAGAUUUGACGACAUCUGGAAGGUUGAGGUUCCAGCCGUCUUCGGCACGCUUGCGUCCGCCGAACUUCGCUGCCCUGCCGAGGCGUGUGGCGGUCGCGAGUUGGAGAGUGGGACAGCUCUUGCCCUUCACGUGUUCGACCAGCACCUGUCCCCUCACUUCCACACCGAGGUCGAACCCGAGAUGAUGACCUCCCAGAAGACCGCGACGGCACUGGCACUGAGGCGCUGUCCGCUGCCCCAGUGCACUCGCCGGCCUGCGUUCAAGACCGACAAGAAGUUCGUCGCCCACCUCGUCGAUCACAUCACAGAGAGGACAGCGACAUUGUCAACUUCGGCUGAAGGUGUCGGGGAGAACACCGCCGGCGCUGUACGUGAUCUCUCCCAGAAGCCGGACAACGAGCAGGAGAAAGCACCGGCAUCCGCUGCGCGCCCUACGCCGUCCACCAGGGAGGUCACCGAGGAGGUCACGGCCCCUUCCAAAGUGGCUUCAGUGUCUGCCGCUCCGGAGCUGACGGCACCCACCGCCGCCCACCAGAACUCGGCCGCCCCCAUGCUCGCCCCUGUCCCGGUCGCUACACCGAGUACCGUGAUCCAACCGCCUGCCGUCACCACGGUGACUCCCGCGAUCCAACGUGCUGCGGUCGUUGCAGCACCUCCCGCGCCCCGACCAGUCCCCGUUGCUGCAGCAACUCCCCUACACCCACCUGCUCCUGUCCUCGCAUCUGCCGUGCUCCCACAGACAGCGACUCAGCCAAGAAAUCCGGCCGCCAAGUCGCUCUCGAGGCCUAGUGCAUGCAUUGCCACUGCAUCGCCGUCAAAGUCGGCACCCGCCGAAGCUCCUUUGUUCACCCCUGCUGCCGUCGUGUCAGUCGCGCCUCCAGCUCAGCCUAACUCCCAGAAGCCGGAACAGGAGGCUGAAAGGCUGAAAGCCGAACUCGCUCGGGUGCGUGCUGCUGCCGAGGCAGCCACGGCGCGAAGGCGCGCUGCAGAGGAGCAGGUGCGUCAAGCUAAGGAGAUGGCGAGUAUGAGGGCCGAGCAGAGGCAGGCAGCUGUGGACGAAGCAGGGGACAGGCUCGCUGAGGUCAGGCUGAAGAACGCCUUCGCCCAGCUUAAGGGUGCCAACUUCAAGCGUGUUCAAGAGCCAGCUGUCUCUGGUCGACCCAACAAGCUCGCGAGACUUAGUCCCGCCCCGGGUACUUCUCUUUACAGUGGUGGCAAAAAGAAACCGGACACUUUUCGUGGGCUCCGUUGCAGCGCUCACACUGCCGCUAUGCAUUCAAGACUUUCCACAGCUGUUGAUGCACAUAUUAUCUAUCGAUAUGAGGCUUGA